AUGAACAUUUCUUAUUUCCUACCUAACUAUGUCGUUGUAGCCUUAUUACUCUCGUUCGGUUGCAUAAUAACGUCAUUUUGGUUGUUAAUAUCUGCGAUCAUCGUUGCAUUAUUUUUUGCGUAUAUACACUCAAAAACUGCUAAUGGACCAAUUGUCGUCGGUGGAGAAGAGAUACCUUCUUGGAUUCUGUACGCAGCAACCAUAUUUGCAGUUAUUCCCCUACUGAUCUUAGCAGAUGUCGGAUAUAUACUUUACUGUGCGAUAGGCGUAAGUCUUCUAAUAGAUUUUAUCCAUGCGCUCUUCUUUUCGGCUUUGAUAGAUAAAGCAAAAUUGGGUACAUUAACGAAAACUACACAAGUUGUUAUCGUACGUACCGCUGACGAGUCGGUCCCACCGAAACAAAGCUCUAGGUUACUGCAACCGGUAACUGAAGCAUCUACUAGUGCUGCCGAUGCGAAACACGAUAAUCGAGUACGCUUCGUGGAGGAAGAGGAUUCCUCCUAA